CUGAAUGUUUGUCGUAGUUUCUCACAACCUCCUGACGCAUCACUCCGAUUUGGAUUCAACGUUAGAUAUGCUUCAGUGAUUGCACUACAAUUAUUUCAUCCAUAAAUCUGCCACAAACGUUCAACUGUAGGGUUAUGUCUAACUUUUGGAUCAUCAAAUUCUUACAGCGUGUAAGACUGACUAGAACAGAACGCUACAGUUGAAUAAGCCAAAGAGAAUUAGUGAAGAUACUUUUUUGUCUGUUAUCUGAAGUUGCUGAACUCAUCCCACUGAAUAGCGCCUUUCAGUCUCUGCUUUCGCUUGCAGUUUGCACCCAGAAGGCAUUCCCUGCUUCUAAUUGCAUAAUUACUUGCUGCUUUAGUGAAUCAGCUGCUAAUUACACGCAGAAUGUGAGCACAAAUGAAAUUAUUAGCACUGUGUGUUCAUGUAUUUAACUCAGUUUCUCUCAGUAUUUAAACUUUUGUCUUGAUGCUGUUUAGCAAUAACUUCCAAAUAUGAAAAAAACGCUGAAAUGAUAGAACAGCUGUCCCAGUUUAAUGAGCAUGCUAGUGGAGUACACCAACAUCAGUCAUCUCAUUAGAAAUCAAUGUUGUGCUUUAAAUAACUGCCUUUAAGUUCUUCCCUUUUCGUCCGCCUUUUAUUUGUAGAAGCACAUUUUGAGCCCACACACAUUUUUACACUAAACCUUAUUUAACUUAUUUAGCCUCAGGCACAGUGUCCCUGUUAAAACAUGCUGGGAUGCACAAAGCCAUAGGGAGACCAGCUGUUCUCCGCUGUGUGUUCUUGCGCUACAAUAAGAUUAUUAAAAAGAAACAUUUCCAGCAAACUGCCACAGAACACAUGUUUCACUCAAACACAACUUUUUAACACAGCACAAAGCUUAUCUUCACAGCUUUGCCACCACCAUGAGCGCCAGAUUUCCCUGCCUGCUGAGAUUUUAAUGGUUAAUUGCCAUUUUGAGAGGUCUGGGUAAUGCUGAAUGUUGCUAAUUUUAGCAGUGUGAAAAAGCAUGUUUAAGUCUUGGGUGAUUAUGAGAGGGACUGCCACAGGAAAAAAAAAAAAAAAAAAAAAACAACAACAAACAAACGAGAAAGCUAGGGAGGAGUGUGAGGGUGGGGGAAGGAGACAGCCUCGUGUCUCUGCAGUUGAUCAUUGGUCGGAGCCACUGGGAAAGGGGAGGGGCCGCCAUGCUGCUGUUUCUGUAGAGCGAGGCAGAGAGCAAAAGGAGUGUGAGAAAGAGACAGCAAAGGAGGAUAAAUGAACACGGGGGGUUCUCCUCGCGUCGGUAUGCCGGCUUUCCUGAUUCCCACUCAGACGUAGCUGCCGCCGCCGCUGCCGCUGCUGCUCUGAAUAGAAAUUCCAGCUGAAGCGUGUGAGUGUGCGCAUUUUGAACAUCAGUCACCCCGCGCACUGCCCUCUUCCUCCCAGCUCGCGGGAUCGUGCUGUGAAAUAACUGCGAAGGACCAGACAGAAACUGAGACAAGAGCAAGCGGGGAUGGUGUAGUGCUGAGCAGAGGGCGAAGGAGCAGCGAGGAAGCAGAGGAAAGAAGAGGAAAAAAGAUGGACUGAACAAAAAAAGAAAAGAAUUGAAUUCAUGUGUAAUCUGUCUCAUAAUUUACAUAUGCAGCGCAUAUGGGAGUGAUGUUCGCGAUCUUCAGUCUGGGACUUCUGCGGCUGGAGCAGAUGUUGAAGGCAUCUCGGACCUUAUAGGGAGCGGAUGCAUUUCAAGCAUAACUUGGACCCAAAUUCCUUCAAAGUCACAUCUUUGUCAGUUUUUUUUUUUUUCUUUUUUGUGCCUUGAGGAACCUGGCUUUUACUGGAAGGAAAAAAAAAGAAAGGAAUACUCAUCUUUUGUGUGUGCUUGUUGACUCUAACCUUUGUGGCUUUGCAAUUACGUAAAGCUACAACUCCCCGCUCUGAGGCUGCUUCUGCGGGACUCCCUCACCUUUGUCUGUCCUUCAUUUGCUGUGGAAGGAGGUGACGGUCUCAUCAUGGAGAUUUUAGUUUGGACUGAAUCCAUCCAGCGACUGUCAGAGCCAGCCACAUACCUGACUAAAUAGUGGGUUUUUGCAUUCAUUGUCACCCUUGAAGGGCCCCUCGGACACAUUUUCCUGCCCAAGAUGAUGAAUUCCUCCCUGGACCCACUGAAUCAGAGCUCUGCUGACUCGUCGAACUUAUCUGCUCCGUUCUGCUUGCUCGAAAUCGGCUAUUCCCAAAUCUUCAGCACUUGCCUCCUGGAGAUCUCGGUCAUACUUCUGCUCACCGUCCUCAUUAUUUCUGGAAACCUGGUGGUGAUUUUUGUUUUCCACUGCGCCCCUUUGCUCAGCCAGCACACCACCAGUGCGUUCAUCCAGACGAUGGCAUACGCCGACCUGCUGGUGGGAGUCAGCUGCCUGUUCCCCUCCUUGUCCCUGCUCCACCGUCUCCAGGGCCUCGACCAGAGGCUCACCUGCCAGGUGUUCGGGUACAUGGUGUCUGUGUUGAAGUCGGUCUCAAUGGUGUCUUUAGCGUGCGUGAGCGUGGACCGCUACAUCGCCAUCACAAGACCUUUGACGUACGCGUCCCUCGUGACACCGUGCAGGGUGCGCUGUUGUAUUAUACUUAUAUGGCUGUACUCCGCCAUGGUGUUUCUUCCGUGUUUUCUUGGAUGGGGGAAGCCGGGUUACCAUGGCGACGUGGUGGAGUGGUGCGCGGUCGAGUGGAGGACUCAUCCGACCUUCACCACCUUUAUUGUCGUGCUGCUGUACGCUCCAGCCGCCCUCACCGUCUGCUUCACCUACGCCAACAUCUUCAAGAUCUGUCGGCAGCACACGCGAGAGAUCAGCGAGCGCCACGCGCGCUACCGGCCCCAACAGCCGCAAGGCCCGGGACUGUCUGUCGGAGCCGUGGUCAAGGACAACAAUACAGGACAGCAAGGGCAGCCGCCCCACUUGACCCAAUCACACAAGCUGCAGCACAGCCAGCCAGCGUAUCAACAGUCCACGUCAACAUACCCAGACAAGCGAUACGCCAUGGUGUUGUUUCGCAUCACCAGUGUCUUUUAUAUUCUCUGGUUGCCGUACAUCCUCUACUUUCUGUUGGAGAGCGGAGGGUUCUACCGCCACCCCGCAGCCUCAUUCCUCACGACGUGGCUGGCGAUCAGCAACAGCUUCUGUAACUGUCUGAUCUACAGCCUCUCCAAUUCAGCUUUCAGAAAGGGCCUCAAACGCCUCUGUUCCUUCUGCCUACAGCGCAGUGGCGGUGGCUUUGGGGUUAGGAACACCAAAAAGGCAUUCAUCGGUUCUGUGGAAAAGGGAUGUGCUGGGCCUGGGUAUGGCUAUGGACAUAGGGAAAUAGGCGUCGAUACGACCUGUCAUGUGUAGUCCAAAUGCAGAAGAAAAUGUGCCAAACCGGCGUUUGAACUUUUUACAAAAAGCCUGAAAUGAUUGCCGUGAAAUGUCGCUAGAAUUUUCUCUAAAAUGAUGGGAAGAGGCGUCGAUCUGCCACUCGAGUUUCUGUUGCAUUUAGAGGUUACACAGGCAUCCUCGCAGCACAAGCGACAGCAGGGAAAGGCUGAGAGUGACAGCUAAGAGCAAAGCACUGAAAAAUGAAAAAGGCCCCACUAGCCAUUCAAGAUGUUUUAAAGUAGUCUAAAACACAAAGUACACUGCGUUUGACAGGAGUGAUUGAAAUGCGGGCCUGGAAAAUAGAUGGAAAAUAACACAUCUAGGGAAGGGAAGAAGUUAUUCUCUUCAGUGUUGAACGUUUGCAGGCGGCUCCUUAACUCAUUUUGUCGAAGCAACUCAACAUUGCUAGGAAACCGCUCUAACAAUCCGUGUGAUGUACGUGGCGUGUGAUUAGUCGUUGCCAGAUUUUCAGUACACGUCGUGUUGAGCGCAACAAAAUUUAAUGAUAAGAAGAAAAUCUGCCUGCUGUGAUUUUGUGAUGUUCAUUACACUCUUGCACAUGCAGCGAUGCAUUGGUGUGAUAAGGAUGUUCUCAUGAACUGAGCCGAGUCAAAAAGAAACGUGGGGAUAUGCAAAGAAAGUGACGGAGGUAAUGGUAGAUCUAGCACAUAUGUCGUUCAGCAGUGUGUUCGCAUUGAUUGAACUGAUCAGGAUUUUGUCUGCAACAAGACAUUUAUUCACGAGCGCUGAUUUUUAUUUAUUGAUGUUGUUGACAAAAUGUUUUGUCUAAACUUAGGUGGGGUUCACUCACUGCACCCGUUGUUCGUAUGAUAUGCUGUCCAACUUUGGUGUACGACUGUUAACCUGACGAAAAAAGAAAAGAAAAUCAUGUAUUUUUCUGUGAAUUUCUUUCUCAAGUAGUAUUUAAAAUCUCAGUUUUAUUGCACCUUUGUUUUCCAUUAUGUAGCUGAUUUUUAUUUUUUUUUUGUGCAUUCAUGGUAAAGAAAUACCACGAAAGGAUGUAUUUUUACACUUCCUGUGUACUGAUUGUUGGUACAUGUUUGGACUGAUAUUUAUCGAGGUUUGUAAUUAGUAAAAAGCGUCGGGAUGGGUAAACUUUAAUCAGUAACUCCCAUACACUUCUUUAAUAAUGCUAAUGGCAGAGAGGAAGAUGGACAUUUAUCAUUAUGAACGUUUUACAUUUACACAACCUUACCUUGCUACAAACAUAUGUAUGCUGUAUUUUGACUGCAUUAUUGUGCCUGCCUUGAAGCACAUGUGCACGCCUGUAUGUACAGACACACACACGGAUCACAUGCAAACAGAACAGACAAAAAGCCCAUUCAGUUUGCCAGACGGCGAACCUCUGUGCAAUACCAUGAAGAGGACCUGACCCUUACCUUCCUGGGGAUUGCUCUGUGUGUGUGUGUGUGUGUGUGUGUGUGUGCGUGUGCGUGUGCGUGUGCGCGUGCGCGUGCGCGUGCGCGUGCGCGUGCGCGUGUGCGUGUGCGUGUCUGUCUGCACAUGUCUGUUUUUAUCAUCCUGCUCCCAUGUUUACAGCUAUUAAGUGUUUUUACUCUGAAUAUAUUAAAAGUGUAUCUAGAAUAAAUCCAUGUGUACAUACUCUGUCAUUAAGAGAAAAUUUGUUCAAAGUGAGAUCUGUGGGUAAUUUAGCUUUAUGUAAAUCUAAACCACCAAAGAAAGCUCAAAAGAUAAUCUUGGAUUAGGGUAUUUUUUUAUUACAUUAUUACAUUAUCUAAUUAAAAUUUAUUGAAUUGCCAGUGAGUUUGCACAGUUUGUGUUAGAUUCCCACUGCACUGUGCCGGCUUGGUGAUGCCUUUUGUGCAUAAUUAUGACUGUUCCUCAGUCUAUUGUAAUACAUCGUUGCCUCGAUGAAAACAAAUGAACUGUGAGGGGAAGCAUUUUCCGUCAGCAGUUCGGGAGGGCUAUGGUUACAGACUUGUGACUGUUUUUAAGGGGUGUCAGGCCUGCAGCUGAACGCACAUGGAUGAGAUGGAAGUGUCCAUUAACCUUCUGUUACUUGAGCCGACAUCUAUUGCAGAAAAAAAAACAAACAACAAAAAAAAAAAACAACAACCCCUGAAUCACAUCGGUUGUGA